AUGAUUUACGACAUUGACAGUGAUACCGACUCGUCCCCAAAUUCCCCUCCCGGAAUGACCACCUCCAAAAGCUCCAAGACCUCCUCCUUCCACUCCUCUCUCCAUGACGAUGGCAGUGUCCUCAACGAUGUAGGCCAUUUCGAGGACAUUGGUCUCGAAGACGACAAUGACACCCUCAAAAACCUCUCUCAAUUGGGCAUCUACGGUGUCGCGCCAUCACCCACUGGAGCUCCUGCCCCCUCUGGCCGAAUCCUGGCUACCAACAGCCAUCUCUCCCCCAAGCCUCGUUCAUCCUUCCCGAAUCUGCAAACAAACUUCCAGAAUCCGAGGAGCACAAGCCUCAAUGUUCUGGCCGAUCCUGGCCGUCCCGCACCACCCUCUAAGCGAUCGUCCAGCCGUUCGAAUCAAUCGUCUUCUCCCCGAAACAGGAGCUUGAGCCCCAGCAAUGUGGCUUUGAACCCCAAGGGACCUCGCAUCCAUCCCAAGCCUCGCCGUGGAAGCUGGCAGCCCGCACUUCGACAUCGGAAAUCGUUCGCCGAGCUUGAGCAUGAAUGUGACGAGGAUGACGGCGACGACAUUCCUGAAGGCAUGUUUCUCGACAACGUUCCCAUCUCACCACGACCCCAACAUGAACGCCCUCCCAGCCGACAGCCAUCGCCCGCGCCUUCUAUGGACCGAUCUCAUAAGGAACGUAUCAAGAGUGUUGGCAAUGGUACUCCCCCUGUGGCUCAGGCUCAAGGGUCUCUUCGCUCCCCUGCAUGGAAAAACGAGGAGUCCGUGUCACGCGAGAGGUCGCCAGUUGGCAUGCCUUUGAAGCGGACGUUGUCAUGGAAUGCAGGCUUCGCUGAAUUGAGCGCUGAAGCGAAGAAGCUCACCGAAAAGCUGGAGGCACACGCCGAUGAGAUAGAGCAACAGCGAACGCGACAGUCUCUGGGAUCCAAUCGCCCCAACACCUGGAAUCCCGGCCGGUCAUCCUCGGAAUAUUCCUAUGAAAAGAAGUCGAGGGUCAAGUCGACGCCAGAACUUCCCCCUUUGCGACGAACCAAUGUCAUGAUUGAUCCACUGCCCGUUUCUAGAGAGAAAGAGGCCGUUCUCAGCCGAACACGACCUUCAUGGCUGCCCCCCAAGGACCCCGCCGAAGAGAAGCGUCACCUACGAGAGUAUCAGAAGAUGAUGGCGGCAAGCGCCAAAGCCGACGAGCGGCGAGAAGCCGCCCGCAGAUCCAAGGAACAGUCCAAGGAUGUGGUAGUUGAUGGGUCUAUGCGAGUGUGGGAGCAAGAUAUUCUGGCUCGCUGGGACGAUGCCAUCCGUGAGAGGAAGACACGAGAGAUGUGGUGGCGUGGUGUCCCUCCUAGAAGCCGCGGUGCGGUUUGGUCCCGGGCGAUUGGCAAUCCACUUGGGUUGUCCGAAUCCUCCUUCGACAUGGCGCUGACGAGGGCUCAUGAGCUGGAGCAGAGAGUGAAAGAUCAAAAGGGGACGGCUGAGGAUGCCAAAAGUGUCCAGUGGUUCCACGAGAUUCGCCAAGAUGUGACAAACAAAACCUGGAAGGAUUUGCACGUUUUCAAUGUUGGUGGCCCAUUGCACGACAACUUGGUGGAUGUCUUGAUGGCAUACGCUAUGUACCGAAAUGAUAUUGGGUAUAUCUCUGGGUGCAACACCAUCGCGGCUCUCCUUCUCCUCAACCUCCCUACCCCUGCGUCCACCUUCGUGGCUUUGGCCAACCUCCUCAACCGCUCUCUUCCGCUCUCAUUCUAUACGUCGGAUGCAGGAGCCCAAGCAUCGGCGUACAAUUUUGUUAUUCAAACUCUCGCCGCCAAGUCAAUUCCUCUUUACGACCAUCUCAAGGGAAUUCCAGAUCUCCAACCAGAAAUGUAUCUGUACCCGAUUUUCACCAGUCUCUUCACCGGCCAGCUUGUAAUCGACGAAGCUUCACGGCUAUUUGAUAUCUAUGUCUUUGAAGGCGAUACGACCCUUAUUCGAGCCGCUGUCGCGUUUCUGCUCACGAAGGAGACCAAGCUCCACGGAUGCAAGACCAAGAGUGAUUUCUUUUCGCUUUUGUCUCAACCUCUUGCUGGAGAGGAUGGUGCUACUGCAGCUACGCAGGCUCUGGCAACCGAGCAAUUUAUCAAGGCAGUCCGAGAAGUAAAAAUGUCUUAA